AUGCAUCCUCAAUUUUUUAAAUACCUCGCUAUUGAUCCAAACGUUCCCUACGAAAGCUUACAUCCAACAACACCGCAUAACGAACAUAUUGAUAAAAAAAGAGCAAGAUUAAUCUAUCAAUCUCGUAAAAGAGGAAUAUUAGAAACAGAUUUAUUAUUAUCAACAUUUGCAAAAAUAUUUGAAAUCAUUUUAAA